AGCCGGCACAGUCAGGUAACCCUGCGGUGAAGCUGUGUAGUUAGAAGGGGGCAGUUAGAUGCUGAGGUGCGCCCUGGGACUCUUAAGCAACCUGCAAACCUCAGAACUUGGUCUCUUUGCCUCCGAUGGAGCCCAGAGAAGCCUCAGGGAAGGAAACCAUGGGAAGUAAGAGGAAGAACUUGACCUUCCUGAGGUCCAGGCUGUAUAUGCUGGAGAGGAGGAAGACGGAUACUGUGGUGGACAGCGGUGUUUCUGGGGACCACUCCGGUUCCUUGAGGAGGAGCCAGUCUGACAGGACCGAAUACAACCAGAAACUACAAGAAAAGAUGACUCCACAGGCUGAGUGCUCCUCAUCGGAAACUCUCACCCCUGAGGAUGAGCAACAAGUGGAGAGGAUGAUGGCAAAGCGAGCCAAGAUCAUCAGGGAGCUGAUACAGACGGAGAGGGAUUACCUCACGGAUCUCGAGCUGUGCCUUAGAGAAGUGGUCCAGCCACUGAGAAGCAAACAGAUUGACAGGCUGGAUGUGGAGGGCUUGUUUGGCAACAUUGAAUCUGUGCAUCAGAUAUCAGCCAAGCUACUGUCCUUGCUGGAAGAGGCCACAACAGACGUGGAACCGGCCAUGCAAGUCAUCGGAGAGGUAUUCUUGCAGAUUAAAGGACCGCUGGAGGAUAUUUAUAAAAUCUAUUGCUAUCACCAUGAUGAAGCACACAGUGUCCUAGAGUCCUAUGAAAAGGAAGAGGAGCUGAAGCAACAUCUGAGCCACUGCAUCCAGUCCUUAAAGAAUAUAUAUAUGCAAGAAGGCAAGCCGAACCUGCUGGACAUGGGCUCUUUGAUGAUCAAACCCAUUCAGCGAGUGAUGAAAUACCCCCUGCUGCUGUGCGAACUCCGGAACUCGACCCCGCCCUCCCACCCAGACUACAGAGCCCUGGAUGAAGCCUUCACUGCUGUGAAGGACAUUAACGUUAACAUCAAUGAGCUGAAAAGAAGGAAAGACCUAGUUCUAAAAUAUAAGAAGAACGAGGAGGAGGAAUCCCUCAUAGACAAACUAUCUAAACUAAACAUUCACUCAAUUAGUAAGAAGUCAAAAAGAGUGACAAAUCAUCUGAAGAUCCUGACCAGAGGAGAGUCACAGGUGAAAGACAAUACCUUUAACAGAGAAGAAAAGCUUUUUAGGUCACUGGAAAAGACUGUGAGACUUUGUGUGAAGAACAUUUCAUCCUGCCUUCAGCACAUAGAGGAAGCCACGCCCUUCAUGCUGCAGAGUGGGGCGGAGCUCCGUGAGAUUUCAUACAAGGAUGGAGAGAAAAACGGCACAGAACCCCAGGAUCAGGCUUCAAAGCCCUGCCAAGACUUUGCAGCUCGUUCUCAGAGACUUAUCCUGAAUCCCCUGUCAGUCUUGCUGUCCUUAUUCCCCGGACCUCAGAAACUCAUCCAGAAACGCUAUGACAAACUACUGGACUAUAAAAGCUCCCUGCCCCGGUCAGCAACCACUGAAUCAGACUUAGCCAAACGAGAGUAUGAGGCCCUCAACGCCCAACUUGUGGAAGAGCUGCAGGCGUUCAACCAGGCUGCCAGGACGAUCCUGCUGAACUGCUUGUGCAGUUUUGUUACCCUCCUCCGGGACUUGAUGCAAGUGGCUCUGCAGGCUUAUUCCACAGUCAAGACGGUGCCACUGCCAGUCUUGGGCAUCUCAGAGAUUCAGAAUCAAGUGCUGGAAGAGGUUCACAACUUGAACUUUGUAAAGGAGAACAGUGCUACCUUCAUUGAGAGGAAACUUAGCUUUGAAAAGAAGAAGCCUGCACAGGUUCUGCCAGAAGUGCCACAUCAAACUGACGCUCACCGCUCCAAACUUUUGUCCACAUAUGGAGCAGAGGAACUCUACCGAGCUAAGCGCAAGUGUAAUGCCACCCAAGAGCAUGACAUCAAUCUUCUAGAAGGGGAGCUGGUCGCAGUCCUGGAACAGAAGGAUCCCCUGGGGAGUACAAGCAGGUGGUUUGUCGACACUGGAUUUGUAAAAGGCUACGUGUAUUCCUCCUUCCUAAAGCCCUACAACCCAGGGAAAGGGCAGAAGGUGGAUGCGGAGAACAGAUUCUGUGAUGACGAUUUCGAGAACAUCAGUCUCUUUGUGUCUUGCCGGCCAGCUGGUGACAGGGUCAGCAUAAGUGACAGCAGCUCAUCUCUUAGUGGCUCUUGUGGGAAGUUUGAAACAAAUGGUGCUGAUGAUGAUAAUUUUCAAGAGGUAGAUGAGCAGAUUUUCUAUGCCGUUCAUGCUUUCCAAGCUCGGAGUGACCAUGAACUCAGCCUUCAAGAGUACCAGCGAGUCCAUAUACUUAGAUUCUGUGAUCUAAGUGGGAACAAAGAGUGGUGGUUAGCUGAAGCCCAAGGUCAGAAAGGGUAUGUACCUGCUAACUACCUUGGGAAGAUGACGUACGCUUAAGAAAAUAAGCAACAUUUCCUGACAAGAUGCUUACUGACUACCUCAUAAAACCGACACUGAAGCUUCAAACCAGAAAGCAAGAAACCUCCAAACCCUAUGAACAGUGUAUCACGUUUUGAAGACAAACCUUGCUUCCUAGUAGGACAAUUUCAUUGAUGUAUAAAGAGUAAUUGUUGACAGACAUACUACCAACAAAAACAGCAGAGUAAAACUGCCUAGGCUCUGACUAUAUACUUAAAGGUAGAGAUCUUUUGAAAAGAUAUAUUUUCAUUUAUCAUCACCAAGAGAGUGGAUCCAAGAGUAAGGUUUUUCACUUUAUUGUAACAUUUUUUUCUGUACUUUGCCUUAAACAUAUUUUUCACAUUUCUUAUUUACACAUACACAUGUUUACAUGCUCACAAUAUAUUCUGCAGUUUAUACAGUAUGAGUACAAUACAGAUUAUACAUACAUGUAUAAGUCAAAGAAUAAACUAAUUACACAGAAAAAUAACAGGCAAUUAGAAGUCUUUAAUAUUGGACUCCAUUUUAAAUGCCUUUUGAAUUAAAAGGAAAACACAAGAUAUUAAUAAUAUCCAAAAUGUACUGUGUGUGCACUCCAUGAUGCACAUGAGCAUUUAAAUGAUUUCUAUAUCAUGAUUUAAUGCAACAUAAAGAGUAAGCACUGCUAGAAAGUGGUCGAGGUGGGUCAAACAGACAGCGUGGUUCCGAGGUCUGUUCCUACUGACUACACUGUAUGCUGCUUGAGUACAAAAGAGUGAUGUAAACAAGGGACCUGGAGGGGAUCCGACCUCUCUCAUUCACAUUUAUAUAUUUAACAACUUUUCAACAUGAAGGGCUUACAUAAGACAUGAGCCUGGGAGAGAAGAAUGAAGAGUCAAAAUUCAUUAUCUGUUCUUUUUGUUGUUGUGAUUAAGCAUUAUGAAAGUGUAAUGGUUUUAAAGCUGUCAUAAAUGACUGCUGAUGAGACUUUAAUGAAGAAACAGUUUUGGAUCACGUGGGCAGUGUCCAUUCCACUUCAGAGCCAAGAUAUAAAUACUUUUAGUGGCCAGUUUGUACUCAGACAAGGUGCAGAGGAUUGCAUUAGCUAUAACAUCAAGUAGGGCAUUAUGCUUCAAAUUCGGCUACUCCUCUGAGAGCUGUCCUCCAAAACUUCAGGCCUAUUCAGUCAAGACUGGGACAGAUGUGGGGAUAAAGUGAACCAGGGCGAGUACUCAGAAGGAAGGAAGGAAAACUAAAGUCGUUGGAGGUAACAACUCAAUAGAGAAUAUUUUAUGAAGACCAAAAUGUCUGGCAUGUGUUUACUUGAUUAGCACUAUCAAAUAGCUGCUGGUUAUCAGGAACUCUGAUAACUUUGGGGAUUUUAGCAGAGUGCAAAUCAAUGCAGUACCCGGCCAUGCAAAGUUUAGUCUAAUGAGGACAACAGUGAUAUCCUAGAAGUAAAGCCACACUGACUAAACAGAGUGUGUUUAGGAUUAUGGAACAGUGAGACUUCUAAUUUUGUGUGAUUUUUAGUGGUUACUCUUAUAAUUACAGUAGAUUUUAAUUGCUCAUAAAAUCCUAAUGACAUUUUAAAAAAUUUGUUACUUUGAAGGAUUUGAUACACUCAAUAUAUAUAUAAUAUAUAUGACAUAUAACAUAUAUCAUUUAUAUGAUAUGAUAACCAUAUAUAUGGUUACAUUUAUUACUGAGCAAUAUCUACAGCAAAAUAGAGAGUUCUAUUUCGUCCAGCUGGCUGAAUACCAUACCUGCUCCCCAAACCAGAAAUAGAAUUCUACUAUGAAAGAAACAGUUUAUACUUCUACUAAGUGCAUUAAAGUAGCUUUAUAAAGUUCCCGUGACAUUGACUUUGUAUAAAGUUUUCUUUUUUAAGUAGGGCAACAACAUACUUUGUAAAAGAUAUUAGAGACUUUAAAAAAGAUUAGUUGCUCUUUAAAUUCAAUUUUAAAGCAUGCAUUUGUUUGCCUAAGGUUAAGGAAAAAAAAAAACCCAAAGUUGCUACUUAAGGACACGAUAAAAACGUCCAAGGUGGCAUGAGUUAUUCAUGGCUGUGUGCACCUGCACACCAAGCUUCAAUGUUUUACACAAAAAUGAAGGAUUAUAGAAAUAGCACAGUUGUGCCUUUCUGGCUGAAAUCAGUGGUUAGAUGCAGGAGAAGGUUUGUCUACUCAUGUGGCCCUAGGAGUGAUGAUGCUUCCUGUCUGACCUGUGAAAAAUCCGUGCCAGGAAAACCAGCCCUUGAGUUUGCUCCUGAGAAAGAACUGUCAUGAAGCCAGUCACUGCAACUUUCCUAUCAUGAUGAGCCCGUUACUAUACAUGAGCUCUGAAAAAUUAUAUACUACCUUCAUUUUCUACUUAUUUUACUUAAAAUCAAGUACCUUGUAAUUCUGAAAUUAGACAUUAUUUUAAUAGACCUCAGAAAAAUACAUUUCCAAGAUAGCUUAUAGGUUGUAUAUAUAUGUAAGCAGCUCAAAAGAUUAAGCCAUUGGUUGCAUUGGUAUAAUUACAACUAGGCAUGCUAAUGUAUUUUGUUAUAUUCCUUUUUAAAUUAAUAUUGUACAGAAUAGGAUCCUCUGAAGUAGGCAAUAUUUUGUUUACCAAGAUGAAGAGGAAGCUUUUGUAGCUAGUUUUCUUUUUUAAAAUAAAUAAAAAUAUAUGUACCUUAUUUACAUUUCAUUUUGAAAUGUUAGUAGUUAAAAACUACUAGUAUAUAUGAGUAUAAAAUAUUCAUCCAGUAAUAUAAAAUUAUCAUUGGUGCAGAAUCAUGAAAAAGAUCACAAAGCCACUUUCUGAACCUACCUUAUUCUUCAGAAAAAUAUCUUGACUUUGAAGGACAAGUGGAGGUAAGAAAGAGAUAAAUGCAUGUUUAGUCACAGCAAUGAAGCAAUGGGUACCAGAUGUUAAAUGCUGGGACAUUUCAAAUCGUUCCAAAAUACAAUCCAGAUUUUGAGAAACUGCUUUUAAAAUGCCUGAUACUAUUUGGGAUGAACACAGUUUGGGUGGUUUACACCAAUGGUUGUUUCAGCUACUGAGACAUGGAAUUGUCACUUCUUGAAUCUUUAUUUACCACAUUAACUUCGCAAAGCUGUAUGAAUAAAAGGAGGAAAUUAUACGACAUAAAGUCCUUACCCUUUAAGUUGUUUGUAGUACUACAGCUUCCUAAUACAUGCACCGCAUUGCUAACUAAUGAAAAUAUUCAGACCUUACAAAAUUCAGACCAAAUGAUCCUAUACAUCUAUAUCGUGGUCAAUGAGGCGGUUACAGUUCACUGACUUGGAAUUCUGUAGGAAUAGAUCCUGUGUAAAGAAUACAAAUCUAAAAAGCCUAAUUCUGUAGUUGCUUCCUUCUCUGUAUACACACAGAUUUAAAAUUAAUCCAGUCCAAACUAUAGUACUUCAGUUCUACUGGAUCUCAAGCUGGGGUCUUUAUGUAACUACCAUUUUCACAGUUGUAUACUCUGGUUAGAUGCAGGUAAAAUUUGCCUAUUUUGAAAAACAGGUCAACACUUUAGAAAAGACUGGAAUUAAGUUGUUCUUGGUUGGAAAUACUGGGAAUAUAUUUUAACUAAAUUAAAUUUGUUUAGUUUUGCUUAAAAUUCCACUGAGGCAUCUGAAUGUAUCCAUCACAUUUCUAAUUUCUUGUGACUUUUGUACUACUAAACUUUCAUUUUGUUAAAACUGAUGUAUUUCCUGUGAAACCUGGGGUCUUAACAAUUAAUAAUUGUAACUAAUAAAACUACUACCAUGCCCUUGUCAAGAUCUGGAAUCAUCUUUUAUAUAUAUAUAUGUGCUUUUAUAGUGGACUUAUAUCCUGAUACACUCACCAUGGGUUUAAAACAUCCUGAUCUACUGAUUAUCAUUGUUCAGCAAGUCAGUGCUAUAUGCAGAGUACCAGUUGCAGAGUACCAGUUGCUUGGUGGCAUGAUCACAUGAAUCACUGGGAGCUGCAACCUGUUUCCCCUGCCUGGAAAUGGAAUAGUGCUACAGAAUAUGUGAGUAGUCCAGGAAGAUGACUUGAAGUGCAGAUGCAACUAAAUGUAUAUGACUUUCACACUACUGAAAAGAAAAAAAUAGUAAAACACUAUAAUCCAG